AUGCAUCGCUACAUCCCUCACCGAGACGCAGAGACUCCCCUUUCCGACAAGAUCCGGCUAAAAGCCUUGCCGCCACCACCAUCCUUGCUACCCUCCUCCCGGGCCAUUGUAACUGUUGGGCGUCCGUCGAUUCUGUCUACUAACACACCGGAACCGCCAGUCAAGAUCAAAGCUAGUGGCCGACGUAUAACCACUCGCUUCUUUGGGCCCCGGCCGAGGGAGGAGGAAGACCAGAAACGACAUGAGGAGCGACUCGCCGACGCCCUCAAGAUUGACCAGGCAGCCAGAGUCCUUCGCAUAGGCCUGUUACAGCCCUCGAGCACAUCUUCAAGGUCUUGGCCCACGCUUGAGGCGCAAACGCCCCCAGGCUGCAAUCUGCCUUCGGGGCCCUACCGAGUUCUUCAGGCGCCAGAGCUCGAAGACGAUUACUACCGCUCUCCACUGGCAUACUCUCCAACCUGCGGAUGCUUGGCGGUCGCCUUGGGCAACACGGUUUACAGAUGGUCCGAGCAGCAUGAUCCCCAGCCCGUCUACCGUGCGCCGCGUCUCCGACGGAACAGCUUGACAUCCCUAUCAUUCUCCUCCACUCAGGGCGGCAAAGCCAUUCUUGCAUUUGGAAGAAAAGACGGGUUCUUUGUCAUGAAAAGGCCAUCCCAGAAUCCCUUCAACUCGGGUGCCCUGGUACCAACGGAAGACAUACUCGUUGGAGACGGUCAGGGGGGCAUCCUGCACUACAUGGUCGAAUGGCCUAGCUUGUGGGAAAUCUCGAGAGAUACUUGGUUUGGAAAGGUAACACCGAUAGCCAAGAUUGCCGUCCAUACCUCGCAGAUCUGUGCCCUUGUAUGGUCGCCAAACGGGCAGCAAUUUGUGUCGGGAAGUAACGACAACACCGCCUGCUACUUUGAGAUGAGCCGGACGAUGGAAGGUCCACACAAGAAACGCGACUCGGCCGUGGUCCGCAGAAGUCGUCGUUCGAUGGAACAUGAUGGCUCCUUUGAAAGAGGCACACUGCCUGCCGACCAGUCCGGGGUUGGUCCAAGUCAAAGGGAGAGCGUAGAAACGUCGUUAAACGCCUUCCCGAACAGCGAAACCAUAGAGGUAGGUGUUGCCGAGAACAUUACACGAGCGACUCAAACAUCCAUGCAAGGUCUUCGACUGUUUGGGCAUGGCACGGAGAUACACUGUUGGAGGCAUGACGCCGCAAUCAAGGCUAUUGCAUUCUGUCCUUGGCAAGAAGGACUCGUUGCCACCGGCGGUGGGUUAGGCGACAAAUGCAUUCACUUCUUCCACGCCGGGACGAGCACACCCCUGGCUACCAUUGUUGUUGGGGCGCAAGUCACCUCUUUGAUAUGGUCUACGACGAAGCGCGAGAUCGCGGCCACAUUCGGUUAUAGUCACGGCUACGCGCAAACCGAGCACCCAUACCGCAUUGUUGUUUUUAGUUGGCCGUCUUGCCGACAAAUCAGCGCCGUAGCGUGGCCGGGCGGUCCCCGGGCUCUAUAUGCCAUCCCGUACCCGAGAGGACCAGCUGAUGCGCGCAAAGGAAGCCGGACGGCGAGAGAAGGGACCAUUGUGGUGGCAUCGAGUGAUGAGACUCUCAAGUUUCAUGAAGUGUGGUGGGAUCAGCCCAAGAUGGCAAUUGGUGGCGCCCAAGGGAUACUUGGCAGCGACAUUCUCGAAAGCCUAGCCGGUAUCGACAAGGAGGGGGAUGUCAUCCGAUAA